AUGUUGGUGGAAAAGUAUGUCGAUCUGAAAACCGUUUACACACCAACAGACAUACGAGCAGACAUGCUAAGGAUACAUGGUAUUUCAUUGACAUACAUACAAGCAUGGAGAGCACUUGAUGCAAGUAUAAGAGGCUGGGAGUAUAAGAGGCUGGGAGUAUUGUCGACCAAUAGUAGUCGUGGAUGCUAUUGUUGUAUAGAUCACAUCUUGCCGCUUGCAUACGGAAUAGUUGAUUCAGAAAAUGAUGAUUCAUGGUUAUGGUUCUUUGAGAAUUUUAAAAAUGCAUUCGGUGAAAGGGAAGAUAUGUGCUUUGUUUCUGAUAGAAAUAAGAGCAUUUGGAAUGUUACUGCAUCUGUUUAUCCCGAAUUCAGACAUUACGCGUGCAUAUACCAUCUGUGGACCAAUUUACUAAAGAAAACAUACAUAGAUACAGAAGAGGUGAGAACAUUAUUCUUCAGUUUAGCAAAAGCAUACACUGUACAAGAGUUUGAUGAAUUGAUGCAAAGAAUGGAUCAAAUUAAUCCAAAAUACCGUGCUUAUCUACAAAAAGCAAAUUAUGAGAAAUGGUUACCAGUGGUACCAUUGUUGGAAUUUGUUAGAAAAACAAUUGAAGCUUGGAAUGAGAAACAGAACGAAGAAGAAAUAAAUACUACUAACAACCUUGACAAUUGUGGCAGAUUUCAAUAUGACGAGAUCCCUUGUAGUCAUGCACUUGCAGCGAUCAGAUAUAGGAAUAAACAUCGUGAUGAUUACUGUUCAGCUUAUUAUAGUAAUAAGAAUUAUCAAGAUACAUAUGCAAUACCAAUUGAACCCCUGCCUUGCGAAAGCACUUGGGAUGUUCCAUCACAUGUCUUGGAAGAGGUAAUAUUACCACCAAUUACAAGAAAGCAACCAGGCAGACCUCCAAAAAAUGAUCGCAAAAAGGGAUUCACCGAAGGAAAGGGGAAGAAGAGGAAAGUAACCUGUAGUGAAUGUGGUAUAGUUGGGCAAGUCUAA